UGUAGAGGUGGCAGAGAAGUUCGUCCUUUUCACAUGUAACUCCAAAUCCUACCUUUAUACACAGUAUCACUCAUCUGACUUGGCCGUCGCCAUUAAUCUCCUAGCUUCUCUCUCAGCAUACAAACUUUCUUCUCUCUAUUCUUCCUCUCCUUUCUUCUUCCGUUUCCUAAUUUUCAAACCUCCAUUCUCCCCUUUUUGUUCCAAGGUAUUUUUCGAACCCGCGAACCCGUUUAAUUUCGCGGGUUCGGUACGGAUCCCACUUAAAGUUUGGAAACCUAUUGCAGUAAUGCACUAAUCAAUAAAAUUGAUCCAAACUCUUCUGCCGACGCCUUGCUUUAGGUAUCUAUCUUUUUGUCUCGAUUCGAUGCCGCAGGAAUCGCAGCCUGAGCAAGAUCCUGAUGAUUCCGAUGCUGAGUUCGUGGAGAUUGACCCUACCGGUCGAUAUGGUCGGUAUAAGGAGGUUCUAGGGAGAGGGGCUUUCAAAAAAGUCUACAGAGCAUUUGAUGAAUUGGAAGGAAUAGAAGUAGCUUGGAAUCAGGUUAAGGUCGCUGAACUUGUGCGUGAUGCUGCUGAUUUGGAGCGUCUGUACUCUGAAGUUCAUUUGCUUAAGACUUUGAAACACAAAAACAUCAUCAAAUUUUAUAAUUCGUGGGUCGACACCAAAAAUGAGACUAUCAACUUCAUCACUGAGAUUUUCACUUCUGGGACAUUGCGGCAGUACCGGAAAAAACAUAAGCACGUUGAUUUGAGAGCAUUGAAAAAAUGGUCCAGGCAGAUUUUGGAAGGCCUUUCAUAUCUUCACAGUCGUGACCCACCAGUUAUCCACAGAGAUUUAAAAUGUGACAACAUCUUUGUUAAUGGAAACCAAGGUGAGGUGAAAAUUGGUGACUUGGGUUUGGCUGCCAUUCUCCAGCAGGCACGUGCAGCUCAUAGUGUAAUUGGUACACCAGAGUUUAUGGCACCAGAGCUUUACGAGGAGGAAUACAAUGAGCUUGUUGACAUUUAUGCCUUUGGCAUGUGCUUGCUGGAGUUGGUGACUUUUGAUUACCCAUAUGUGGAAUGUGCCAAUGCUGCUCAAAUAUACAAGAAAGUGAUAUCAGGAAUAAAGCCUGCAUCAUUAGCAAAGGUGACAGAUCCUUCUGUUAAAGCAUUUAUAGAAAAAUGUAUUGCGAAAGUCUCUGACCGAUUGCCUGCAAAGGAACUGUUGAUGGAUCCUUUUCUCCGAUCUGAUGAGGAAAAUGAAAGUGUAGGCCAUUCUUUACGAUCCAAUUUGCAUCAUUCAGGUGGUAGUUCUGAUCAGACCAAUAUUAGUAGAAGUGCUGAGGAUUCAUCAGCUGACCGAAGUAGGGACUUCACUGUACAAGGACAGAUGAAAGAUGUUAACACAAUAUUUCUGAAACUAAGAAUAGCUGAUUCCACAGGUCAUAUCCGCAAUAUCCACUUCCCCUUUGAUAUUGAGUUAGAUACAGCAAUAGCUGUUGCUAGUGAAAUGGUGGAGGAGUUGGACUUGACUGAUCAAGAUGUUUCAACAAUUGCUGCAAUGAUUGACUCAGAAAUUCAGUCACAUAUUCCAAAUUGGGCAACUCACAAACUCUCUGCAGAUAGUGUGUGUGAAGAGGUUACAGACUCUGAAAUUUCUGCUUCUGAAACCAAGGAUGAUUCACCCAUAAACAAUGAAUCAACUCCUUCAGUUAGUCUUGCAUUGGAAAGAUUGCCUUCAGGUCGGAAGUACUGGUCUGACUCACCCAGGGCAAUUGUUGGAAGCUCUCCAAGCAGGCUUGGCUUCUCGAACUUGUCUUUUCAUGAACCUUCUCGCCAUAAUCACAAAGGUGGUGAUGAUCAAAAUGCUGCUAGUUCAGUUGACCAAUUGGAGUCUGAGAGUCUAUACCACAACAACAGGAAAGAAAAAGAAGGUAGUGGGACUGGUGUGCAAUCCGGUGAUAGAAAUAGUGCCUCUGUGGAUCCAAAUGCAGACAAUAAAGCACAAGUGAGAGACAAUUGUGAGAUGUUAAAGGAUGUUGACUCAGAUGUGAAGGUACAUGCUCAAAAACUUGAAGAACUGUUGGUAAAGCAGCAAAAGGAGCUUGAUGACCUGAAAAGGAAGCACGAAGUAGCCAUAUCAGACCUCCUGAAUGAAGUUUCUCCAGAAAUUUGUCAGCAGGCUUUAAAUUUCUGUAAGCUGAAAGUGGCUGAUUACAAAAAUACAAUGAGACAGUGAUAGCAAUGCAAUUUCACAGGCAAGGGCUGGCUUUAAAAUCAAAAGCGUCUUACAGUUGCACCUCUCCAAUUUGAGAGUGGAUGUUAACUAGCUUAAUAAGUUGUUAUUUUACCCAAAAGAUUAUACAAAGUUUGAGGCUUGAUGACAUCUCAUGAGUGCUUAAAGAUCUCUGCAGCAAAAGGUCAAGGUCCUGGACAUUUGUUGAGAGAAGAUGGUGUGGUGUGAUAUUAAGCUUCAAGAUUCAAGAAAAGAUAAAGCAAAGUCAUGGCUAAAAGAUACGUGUUGAUGAUCAAUUACAUGGUUGAGAAGAGAUUAUCCUGCAAAAUCGUCAGUUUGCAUAAAUCAGAUUAUGCUGCUUAGGUGAGUGUGGUCAAUAAGUAUUAUUUGUGUAAUACUGAUUCACCUAGGGCUUGAUCAAGCCAUACGCAUGGAGUUUUCUUACCUUGCUUGAGCUUUUCAGUUUGAUAGAGAUCAUCAAAAUUUUGUGGGUGUAUACGUGUACAUAUGUUCUACGAACUUUUUGCUUCAAUUACAGGUACAGACUUGUUGCAUCUUGUCA